AUGACGCAGGUGUUCGCACCUUUCGGGAUGACAAUGAGCUUCGCAAAAGAAAAGAUCGGCCCUGAGCUCCUCGAAGCAAUCAGGGAGUCCAGUAUCUCCAUCCUGAUCAUCUCCAAGAACUAUGCUUCCAGUAAAUGGUGCCUCCGCCAGCUGGCUCAGAUGGUGGAUUGCAAGAGAAGCACUGAACAAUUGAUUCUCCCAAUCUUCUAUGAUGUUGAACCAUCCAAUGUGAGGCGUCAAUCUGGGAGUUACGAGGAAGCCUUUCGCAAGCACGAGAGCUGUUUUGAUGUCCACUGUCGCAUGCCUCUAGUAAAAAUUGAAAAUGAUGAUGUGUUGAGAAUGCAUGGUCAACUAAGAGAUCUUGGUAGUGAAAUUAUUCGUCAAGAAGAUUUGAAGAAUCCAAAACUGCAUAGCAGGUUGUGGGUGUACACACAAAUUUUUUCUCUCUGGGACCCAUUAUUCCGUUGGAACCCACUUAGUCCGGCAGGACCCAUUGUUCCUUUGGAACGCAAUUAG